UGUUUAUUUCAUGUCUGUGACCGCCUUCUAUUUUCUAUAAAUAAAAGGAACUGUCUUCUGCAAGAGUCACUAUUUGCACACUCUAUGAAAGCUUGAGCAUACUCAAUACACAUAAAAUUAAUACUAUCUUCUUCAACAUUCUUCUUCUUUCUUUGUUAUCUGUUCUCUGUUCUCUCACUUCUGUUAAAAAUGAGUAAACAAGACUUGCUGAAAAUUCAGACCUGUGUUCUCAAGGUUAAUAUAGACUGUGAUGGCUGUGCACAGAAAGUAAAGAAAACCCUGCAGAAAAUCGAUGGUGUGUAUUCUGUGAAAGUAGAUGCAGGUGAAGGGAGAGUGGUAGUGGCAGGGGAUGUGGAUCCAGAGAAACUGGUGAAAAAGAUAAAGAUGGGAGGGAAACAUGCUGAGAUAUAUGGUGGCCAGAAUAUGAACCAUCACAUCAACCCUAAAUUCCAGAACUUUCAUGUUGAUAACAGCAAAGUAGGAAGGGACACUAAGUCCCAGAAUCAGAAGGGUCAGAAAGGUGGUGAUGGUGGUCAAAUUGGUCAAAUAGGUCAAAUAGCACACUUCCCAAACAUGAAAGGGGUUCAAGAUCUGAAGGUACCUGUCAAGGAACAAAAAUCUGUGAGAUUCAACUUACCAGAGGAGGAGUUUGAUGCUAGUGAUGAUGGUUUUGAUGAAUAUGAGGACAGUUUUGAUGAAUAUGAUGAUGAAGAGGAAGAAGAAGAGGAAGUAAUAGCCCAUGGGCAUGGGCAUGGGCAUGGACAUGGGAAUGGUAAUUCAGUGCAUCAUAAAAAGAUGAUGCCAAAGAUGGGAGAUGGAGGUGGGCCUCAUGGGCCUGGUGGUGUAAUGAAUGGGCCUGCCAUUAAUAAUGGCCAUAAAGACAAUGCUGGUGGGAGUAGGAACAAUAAUGGAAGUGACAAGAAAGGUGGUGUUAUUGAUGAAGCAAUGGUAAUGAAGGGCAAAGGUGGGAACUACAAUGAAGCCAAAGUUGAUGAUGGUGAAGGGAAGAAAAGUAGCCAAAAAGGUAAAAAGAAGAAAAAGGAUGGUGGAUUGCUAGGUAGGUUUCUAGGUUUGGGGAGAAAGAGCAAAAAGGUUGGAUUAGAAGAAGUAACUUAUAGCAGUAACAGCAAGAACAAAGACAAUGGAAGUGGAAAUAAGAAAGAGAAGGAAGGAAAAAUGAAGGAUCAUAGCAAUGGUAAAAAAGAUUUUGAUUCUCUUGAUUAUGACAAGACCCCUCUUCUUCAUAAAAAUGGCAAAGUAGGUCCAAGCCAAAAAGGGUAUGAUGCAAUGGAACAACAUCAAGGAAUGCAGAUGCAGCAUGUUCCAUAUAAUAACCUUCAGCAACAGCAGCAGCAGCAAUACAUGAUGGGUAUGAUGAUGAACCAACCUCAACAUCAACAUCAGCAUCAUCAGCAUCAGCAUCAUUAUCAACAUGAAGCAAAUAUGAACAACAUGUAUCCAACAAACAUGAUGUAUGGUAGGCCACAUCCAUAUAUGAACUACAUGGCACCACCUCCAAUGCCAUCUCACCCAAUGGCUGAUCCUAUUACUCAUACUUUCAGUGAUGAGAAUGUUGAGAGCUGCAGAAUCAUUUAGUAAUGAGUAGUUACAACUAUUACAUUCUGUGUUUUGGUAUUUUGGGAGUUCAUAGAACUGGUAAAUGUGUAAUCUUUAGAUUAGAUUAUAUUAUAGUUUACAUUAUAAAUCUUUUUUUUCUA